GAUAAUUUCAGUAUGAUAUACCUUUUCUCCGGUUUCGAUUUAAUAUAUUCUGACAUCAUCAAAGGGAAUUCCCCACAAACAUGUCAUAAUAUUUAUAUCAAGCUCGCACAGAUAUCGAAAUUCGAGUCACUCUUUCGAAACCACUCAAAUCACUGCAUUUGUACGUACACAAAACCUUAAAAAUCGAAUUUGUGUGUGUGCAAAGAACGUUUAAAAACUCUAAAAUACACACUGUUAUUUCACUGCUAUUAACUACUUGAAAAUAUAUACAGAACUGAUGUAUAAUGUUGGACAGCGAACGGCUAAUAAUCAAACAAUUUGCUGUUGACUUGAAAAGCGAUGUUAUUCCAAGCGAUGUACUGCCCUAUCUACUUUGCCUAACAGAUGAUGACUGUGAACAAAUACAGUUUAAACAAGAUCGCGAAGGGCCGAGGGCAGCCGUACCGACUUUACUGGACAGAUUAAAGAAAAGGCCAGGGGCUUUUGAGCAGUUUUUGAAUGCGCUUGAAGAAACCGGAUGUCGACACCUUAAAACAUCGUUAGAAAAUGCCGUGAAAGGCGAGUUGUUUUUAUACAUGUACUAUAUUAUAUUUAUUUCUAUUUUAAUAUUACAUUAUUGUAUAUUUUUAUAUUUCAUACUUAUUCCGUGCGGAUUUCCGAACUCCGAAGGCAUUUGCUUCCAGCCUUGUGAAACUCUAUUCUAUUUGCACAGUUGUCUUACCAUUAAUAUUUUCAGUUGCAUGAGACUAUGGGUGCUUUCUGGUUACCAAACAGAGCUGCUUUUCUAAGGGUAUUCUAGGUUUAGGUUAGGAUUAUAAUUAGGUGGCAGUGCUCUUCCCCUUGAAGAGUAAAGUCUUCUGCCGUUAAACAGAGUAAAAUAAUAAAGUAGGGUGCAUCAGAGCACAUUACCACUUAAAGGGUCAAUUAAAAUUAUACAAUUAACAUAUUUAACAAUCAAUUUCAGCAGCUCCGUUAAUGGACUGGGAUUAGAAUCAUUAGGAUUUAAGGACCUCAAAAGUCUAGUUUUUUAACAUUGCACCCUACUUUAUUACUUUAUAUACUAGCUGUCUAAUGCCAACCUCAUACCCAGGGCUUCAUGGCUGGCUGCCCUGGGUACGAGGUUGGUCUAACGCCAGAUGAUUUUACACAUCAUGUGUCUGGUUAAUUAAUUUGGAAAUUAACCCACAUUUUCCCCAGAUCAAGCACAUCAUCCAGAACCUGAACACAACAACAUGACACAAGAGGCAACAUCCACUUCACAGUCCGAGAUGCUUAGAACACCAACAACAGAAACAGCUGAACCUUUCACCAACUCCAGCUUUCCAACAACCAAGCAACCUACAAAAUCAACCACUUCUAAAAAAUCCAAGGGGAAGCUCAAGCUAAAAGAUCAUCAAAUACCAAAAGAAAACACAACCAGCCCACCAAAGACAAUGGUUAAAACAGACCCCAUGGAUCCCCAAUCAGCACAUACCAAAUCCCCAUGUGUAAAGCUGUUGAGGGUUGCCAAGGACACAAAAAAUACCCCAUCCAAGAAGAAGGCAGGUGUAUCCCAAAGGCUCCCCAAAAGUCCACCAGUAAAGACCAAAGAGGAUCCUGGAAAGCAAAUAUCCAUCACAAAUCCCAUAUGUACACAAUCUUCUGACAAAACUGACCCAACUUCAAAUACUCAGCCAACAGAAACAAAUGUUAUUGAAAAUUCCAAAACACAGUACGACACGCUGCUUUGUUAUGCUAAGCAAAAUUGUGAAAUUGCAUUGGAACUGAAAACAUUCCUAGAAACUGAGUGUGGUCUUCAAGUUUGUAUUGACUUGGAAAACUUUGUUCCAGGAAAAGCAACUACUGAUAACAUCAGUGAGAGUAUUAAGUCAAGUGGGAGUGUUAUUUUUCUACUCUCCCCUGAAUUUCUUAGAAAGUUGUGGGCCCCGUGGGAAUUGAAGCAUGCAGUCUAUGAUUUCAAUGAAUCACAAAAUGGUGGAAAACACAAGAAAAUUAUUCCGGUGUUACUUGAGGAAUGUCAGGUGCCAGAUGAAUUGAAGAUAUAUACACAAAUUGAAAUGAAAGGAUCUAAAUCAAGAAAGGACUGCUGGAGAAAAUUAGCAGCUGCUAUAUCUGGUAGUGAUGAUGGUGAUGAUGAUGGUGAUGAUGAUGAUGGUGGUGAUGAUGAUGAUGAUGAUGGUGGUGAUGAUGAUGGUGGUGGUGAUGAUGAUGAUGAUGAUGGUGAUGAUGAUGAUGAUGAUGGUGGUGAUGAUGAUGAUGAUGGUGGUGAUGAUGAUGGUGGUGGUAAUGGUGGUAAUGUUGAUGAUGAUGAUGUUGACGAUGAUGAUGAUGAUGAUGAUGAUGUUGAUGAUGGUGGUGAAGAUGAUGAUGGUGUUGACGAUGGUUAUUGUGACAAAAGUGAUGUUAAUGGUGGUGAUAGUGUUAAUGGUGGUGAUAGUGUUAAUGGUGGUGAAGAUGCUGUUUAUAGUAGCAAUGAGGCUGAUGGUCAUGAUGAUGUUGAUGGUGGUCAUGAUGGUAUUGAUGGUAAGGAUGGUGUUGGUAAGGAUGGUGUUGACAAGGAUGGUGUUGAAGACAGCACUCAUGAUAGUGAUGAUGCUGAUCAUGAUUGUGUUGAUGAUGAUGUAGGUGGUGAUGGUAAUCAUGAUGGUGAUGGUAAUCAUGAUGGUGAUGGUAAUCAUGAUGGUGAUAAUCAUGAUGGUGAUGAUAAUCAUGAUGGUGGUGCAAGUGAUGGGGUUGAUAGCAAUCACGAUCAUGAUAGUGGUCAUGAUGUUGUUUCAGAUGAUGUUGAUUAUAAUGGUAGUAAAAGCAAUAUUAAAGCUGAGGUUGAUGGAAAUGGUAGUGGUGACCAUUGUGGUGUUGGUGAUGAUAGUGGUAAAAAUAAUUCAGAUAAUAAGAAUGCUUACGAUGACAUUGACAGUCUGUAAACUAAUGAUAACAAUAAUCAACAAACAAAUUUGAUACUGUGAUGACCCGCAAAUGCCAAAGAUGUAAAUGUAAUAAUGCCUAUUACUAAGAUUGGAGCCUGGUCUCCUUGAUUUUGGACGUAUGAUUUUGUGAUACUUAUGAUAAAAUUGUACAUACAUGAUCAUAUUCAAUAUAGCAUAGAAAUGAUUUUACAUGGAAACAAAAUUGAAACUGACAGUAAAUCUCCAUGUUCAAUCCAUUGUGCACAGCUGACGAUGACCAACAGACAGACGGUGGGCACAAUGCACUAUAUAUUACUCUGGCCUCAAUAUAGCCAUGAGUUACAUUAUUGCGACAACACCGUCUGUGACUGAAACGAAACGCUUUCCACUUGCGUUAAUUCACUCCUUCGCAAACCAUAAUUGACCAAUUAUUAGCCAUUCCGAAGUUGAUGAGAGGAUUGGGGACGAGUGUUAAAAAGUGCCCAAAUUAAGAAAUGAACCAAAUCACUAAAAAGACCACCUCAAAAUUAGUAAGUAUACAAAGUUUGAAGACGUUUACAUGAAUAUCCUUCGAAUAAUAAGCUUUCCAAAAUUGUGAAAUUACUGAUUAAAAGAUUGUUUUUGGGACGCGCGUCCCCAAAACAAAAAUUACAAUACAUUUCAUAGUACAUAUCGCGAUUUUCGAAAGCUUAUUAUUCGAAGGAUAUUCGUAUAAAUGUCUUCAAACUUUGUAUACUUACUAAUUUUGAGGUUGUCUUUUUAGUGAUUUGGUUAAUUUCUUAAUUUGGGCACUUUUUAACACUCGUCCCCAGUCCACUCAUCAACUUCGGAAUGUCUAAUUGGACCUAUUUUGACAAGGUUAAUGUAGAUAGUAUUUUACAUAAGCUGCCGUGGUGGUCUGAACUAUAAAGGAGUUAGUAUAGCCAAGUGGUCCGAACUACCUAAUAAAGAUUAAUUUAAAAAAAUACAUUUGGACGGUUCGAGGGAGAUCUUCGUCAGCGGAAGUGUGCGAUAAUACCUGUACUUACAUAUCGGAGGCACGACGAUAUUACAGGCUAGUACCAGGGGUGGAAAAUAGUCGAAAAAUAGUUAAACAGCUGCAGGAAAUUUGUUAGGUUGAAGAUUUGAACCCUUAAGAACUCAAGUCCAGCUAAAAUUUCUUAUUUAUCCCUGAGAAGAUUGGUAGGAAAAAGGUGCAUAUGAAAGUGCCCCAACAACAUUAAGUUUCUGAAGAAAUGCCUUCGAAACGUGGAGGUAGUUCCGGUCCAAAACACGGCAGAAUACUGUACAAUACUAUCUACACUUGAACCCUGGGUGUUGGGCAAAAAACCUUUUUACAGAAAUUUACAAAUACCAGGUUAUCAUCUGUUAAAGCUGCUCAUCGGGUCGUCGGUAUUCUGCCUUUUGAUUCUGUAUGCUUCUAGUUCUUCGGCUGUGACUUCGUGGAAGUCUCGUUUGAGGGAGUUAUAUGUACAUAAUGUUAAGUGAAAAUUUAUACAGAACCGUGGUGAAAUAUUGGUGGUGGUGGGGGGGAGGGGGCAAAGUAUAGGUUGUCAACAUAUAACCACCACCUUUUGUUUCUGGAAACUUUUAAAUUUUUUGCCUUAAAUUCCAUGAAAUGUGUAGCUUGUUUUAUAGACUACCAACGCUUUCAUGGUCGAAGAAUUAUUAUCUUUCCUACAUAGUUAAGCUGGAGUUCACGAGCAACAAAAUUGCUGCAACUUGCAACAAAAUCUGAUUUCAGCGCAUGUUAAGUAGAAAUGUCGUCACAUGUUGCCUUGUGAUUUGUAAUUCAUGUGUAAACAUUUUCAAUUAACAUGCGUUGAAAUCAGAUUUUGUUGCAAGUUGCAGCAAUUUUGUUGCUCGUGUAACUCCAGCUUUCAUACACAGGCUUUUUGAAAUCAUUGGCGGGGGGGGGGGAGCUUUUGUAAAACGUAUAAUAAAGGAUAUGAUCUUUUGCGUUCGUCCAGUUUUAAUAAUUUAUCUGCGUGUCUUUGUUGUUUCUCUUCCUCAUGUAAUGCCU